AAGGAAGUUCUCAACAUGGAUCAACCGAAUCAGACGGAGAAGUUCCACUCGCUGCCCAACGUGCGCAAGUCGUCGGCCGUGGAGCUGGACAUCAGGAGGAUAUUCAGCCUGUCGCUGUCGCAGAUCAAGAAGCACGCGGAGUUCGCGGAAUAUCAUCAUAAGCCCUCCCCUUUUAACAUCCGCUGGAUCCACGGCUACAAUGCCAAAGUGGGCGUCAUCAACCUGAACGACAGAGGCAGCACUACUGCCUUUUAUGCCGCCGGCAACUGCGCCGUGCUCUUCAACUGGACCACCAACCAAAUGAGGAUACUCCAGGGUCACAGGCACGUGAUAUCAUUCAUUGCAUCGGACAGCCAAGGCAAGUGGCUCAUCACUGCUGACUCUGGCCCCGAAAAUAUCCUCAUAAUUUGGGAUAGCAGCGACUACUUCCCGCAAAAAACCAUAUUCCUACCACAUAAAGAAACCAGACUGUCAAAAGUGGCUUUAAGUGCAGAUGCAAAAUAUCUUUUGACUUUGGGUUACGAAGAGAAAGCGUCAAUAUUUUGGUGGAUUUGGUCUAUCGGAUUAGAUGAGCCACACGCGAAACUAGAAGUGGACCUACCAAAAGAUUCCAUCAUAGCGAUGGAGUUUAAUCCGCACAACUCUAUACAAUUUUUGCUCAUGACGAAGAACGACAUUUGGAUAGGCGUUUCAGGGAAAGUAUUUGUCAUGGAACGAGGACUAAUAAAAGAGACUGAUGACUACGAACUCAAAAUCCGCAAACCAGAAAAGAAAAUACAUCCUGAUCUUGGGCUGCUGACCUGCUUCACCUUCGUCAAGGAUACAUCCCAGGUUCUGGUUGCUACGAGCAGGGGGGCAGUACUGAUCUAUGGGUACACUAUAGAGUACCAGGAGAAUGUGGACGACUCCAACUAUGAGAACCUAAAAUUCGUCAAAGUGUUGAAGAUGGAGAAGGAUAAGAUUAACGUCAUUAAGAGCAUCGAUGGUUUUGUCAUAACUGGCAACAACUCUGGCGAGAUCCACUUCUAUGACGACCAGAUGAAGCUGCUGUACUGGAUACAUGGCUUUCAGGUGGACAGCGUCAAAGGUCUCAGCUUCAACAUAUCGCCGAGGAGUUAUAAGAUAUUCGAUCCGAAGUGUAACAAGUUAUGCCCUUGUUGGGAGAAAGUGGUAAUGGACGAAGACCCAGAAACAGGUAUUGUGCGCCAGAAGCUUAUGAAGAAGAAGAUACCAUCUGAUGCCACUACCGAAGGAAAACCAAUUGUUGUGAGAGACUUCAUUGUCUGCACGCAAAAUCAAGGCGUAGGGUUUGUGGAUUAUGUUGUGGAGAAGAAUCACAUUAUCUUGGAUAACAAGCCUUCACACGCUCUAUCAAUAUCGGUGCAUCCAGAAAAGCCCUUCCUCUGUAUUGGAUACGCAGACGGCAUUUUAGAGUUGUUCAACUUCAUCCAGCACAAGCUUUUUGUGCGAAUCAACCUACGGGAACACUACAAGGUGGUCAUCCCGCCCAAGGAUGACUCCAUCAAAUGUAACUAUGAAGUCAACAUGCCAGAACUUUCAGUCACUUGCUUGAAGUAUUCGCCCUCAGGAUUACACCUCGCAUGCGGGCUCAACACCGGUGAAAUCAUAUUCCUUGAUCCUACCACCAUAGAAAUAUUGACCCAAACUCCUUUCAAAGAUACGAACCAUGCGAUCAAAGAGAUCAACUACAGCUGCGAUUCUUUAACGAUGGCGUUUUCCGAUACGAGUAGAACAGUCGGAGUCUACAAGUAUGACUGCGACAAGUUUGUUUGGAACUUUGUUGGAAAGCACAGAGCGCAUUACAAGAAUGUGACCGCAGUGUUCUUUUUGCCGGAGAGAAAUUUUGAUGGGGAAUAUAAACUUCUAUCUUUGGGCGCUGAUCGCAUCAUGGUGGAAUAUGACGUAGGGCAGAGUUCUGAUGAAUACCUAGAAGUGUUUAGUUUGGACAGGAUGGAGCAAACGGCUGUGCCUCUCACGGGAAUUAAUUGGCCAGUACCACCGGGUCUAGAUCAAGUUGAAUAUCGCCCAAAUCUGCCUACUAUUCUCAUAGCCAAUGAUGAGAAUAAGUACAAAAUCAUCAACUAUUCGACGACGAUGACGAUGGCGACGGUGUUAGGUCCACGAUAUGAGCACCCCGUGUCCCGCAUGCAGCUUAUCUCGCGAAAGGAGGAGGAGGAAGUGCUGCAAUACCUUGUGUUUGCCACCAAGAAUGUCAUAGGCAUGCAGAAGAUGCCGCUCGAUGGCAACCCGUGGAAACAUGUCGGACUGCUUGGACAUCCUUUGCAGGUUAUCGGCAUGUGUUUCCGCGAAGAUACCGGCACACUCUUCACUAUUGGAUCCAAAGAUAGUUGCAUGUAUCAAUGGGCUGCCAAUUAUAGAUCGGUAGAAACAACAACCAAGCUAGGAGGAGGCGACUUAGACCCGUACUAUUGUUUGAUCGAGAACGGCAGACCCGGCUGGCUGUUCCAGGAGAUUAGAGACCUGUUCUACUACAUCCAGAUCCUGUGCCAGGGCACCUUUUCACCAGCUGUGAGGCGGGUCAAGGACUACAUUCCAAUUGACUCGCUUCCCGAUCUUAUGAGGGCUUUGGGAUUCUUCCCUACUGAGUAUGAGGUUGAAAACCUUAUCGUAGAAGCGAAGUACAAAGUGUACCAGAGGCACCCAUCAACGGAGAUCGACUUCGAGGAGUUUGUGAAGUUGUACCUGAACCACCGGCCGGCGUUUGGAGACAGCUUCAAGCGCCUGCGUGCAGCCUUCCAGCACUUCGCCACUUUCAACAAUGAUGUCUACGUGAUGCAUCGAGACGACUUCGUGGAUAUGCUCGCUGGAUUUGGUGAAUGUUUCCCUCAUACUUUGUCCUGGUAUUUGCUGUCAAUCCUCUCUGGCCACAGCUUCGAAGAUAGAGCAGCAAUGCCAGAAAGUGAUUUUUCUUUUUUACCCGAGGAAAUAACAUUCAGUGAUCUCGUGACAAACAUAAUAGGCAUAACAGAAGUGGACAAUAUAUCAGAACAGUUCUCUACCAAAGAUUCCUAUGGUUCACAGCAAACUGCAUCAUCAGUGGAUUCAGAGGAAAAAUCAUACUAAUUUCUGUAAUGCUAUCUCAUAAAUUUUUAUUAAUAAUUUGUAUUGUCCUAUCAUAAAUUAUAAAACAUUUUUU